AUGGCGCCGGAGGGGGCCCCCCAGGCACCGACGAGCGAGGCGCCGUUGGUGGUGGAGCCACGGACCGCUCCGGCCUCUGAGCCGGCGUCAGAUCCAGAGAGGGAGCCAGAGGGUGCGCCGGCCUCAAGGGAGGCAGCCAGCGGGGGGCACGCCCUGGUGCCCCGGCCCAGGGGUCGCGGGGUUGCCGGGUCGCAGGCGUCGCGGAGCGGGACUAGGAAGGUCUUCUUCGGGCCUCCGACCCAGGAGGAGGCGGCGAUGCCCGCCGUGACCCGGCGCCUGCGAGGGCGGAUGGACCGGAUCCAGGCCUUCGCCCAGGCCGAGGUGGAGGCGACGCAGGAGCUGGAGCGCGCCGGGUUUCUCCUUGAGAUGCACCGGCGUCUCAAGGAAAGGCUCGCUACCAAGGAGGAGGAGCUCCGCGCCGCGGCAGCCGAGGUGUUGUCUUGGAGGACCCGGCUGAUUCUGGCUGGCUUCCACUAUGACCGGCUUGUUGCCGACGCCGGUCGGCUUGGAGCCGAGGUGGAGAGGGCGAGGGUGGAGGCGACGGGAGCCCGGCGGGCGCUUGACGAAGCCGGCCAGCUGCGUGAGCAACUGGCGGGUGACAAGGGUCGUCUUGAGGUCGAGGUGGAGCGCCUCAAGGAGGAGGCCGCCAAGGUCGUCGAGGCGCAGCGGGCCCUUGCUGAGGCCGAGGUGGGGCGUCUGAAGGCGCUGGUAGCCACGGCAGAGGAGACCCGACAGGGGAAGACCCGGUGCCGCGAGGAGGCCGUGAAGGCGGCCGAGGGCAAGGACGCCGAGCUGAAGGCGGCCCUUGCCAAGGUCGCCGAUCUGGAGAAGGCACUGCAGGAGCGUGACCGCACCAUUCCCCGGGAGCGGCACGGUACGUUUCUCGAGGUGCAGCACCUGGAAGAGUCCUUCUCCAGGGCCUUCCCAGAGACACGCCAGCUGGCGGAGGAGGCGGUCCGCUUUCGGCGCGAUCCGCAGGGGAUCGUCAGCUCCGGGACUGACCCGCAGGUGGCCUGGACCUUCUCGGAGAUUGUGACCCGCCGAGGCUCGUCUGCGAGUCCUGGGCGAUCAGAUGGGGUGGCUCUCUAA